CGCUUUUUUCUCAUCGCUACGGCUUCUGGUUUUGAAGGCAGCUAGCUUAGCUAAACAGCAUAAACACGGCGAAAUUUUCCGCUUUUUUAACCCGAACCGACGUUAAAGAUAGCCCGGCCAGGCCCACUCUUCAACAAUGGAGACGAUUUUUCUCGAUUUGUCUUGUAUUCCCGCUUCGCCCGUUGUUAACGGCCCGGCUAGUUAGCACAGCUAGCUAACUGGCUAAUUAAACCCUGACAAGUGCUCGGCUGACGAAAGAGAGCUGUCAAGAGGAGGAAAUAAUUAACUCACAUGCUUUGAAAGAAGGCUUUACAGUCCACACACAAGAGUGAUAACAGGAGCUGGUGUGAAACGGGAGCUUCAAGAGUUGCUGGUUUGGUUUAAUUUGCUUGUUUGUUAGGAGAAAGUGAACGAUUCGAGGAGAAGGGAUUUAAACAUUAAUUCGACAAGGACUCCUAACUUGCUUGAUUUAGUGUGAACAGGGAGUCAUGGAGAUGGCGUUGAGCCUUCACAGAUGAAAGCACAGGGUUUCCUUUUAAAACAGCGUUGUAAUUUUCAUGUGUAGAUCCCUGGAUUCGUUUGGCUCUGGCGGAUUUGCUGCUAAACAGACGUAAAUGUGAGUCUUUUGCUGGUCAACGUGUCCUGUGUGCUGUGGAUCCAGGUGACAGCUUGGAAAAGUAAACAGGUGUGACAAGAGGACGUGGAGCAAAUGCUGCCUGCUUCAUCUCAGCCAGGGACACUUGGAUAUCUGGGUACUUGAAAUAGCAACAUUCCUACAAACUGUUCAGUUUUAGUUUUGGCUGUGGGUGCAAACACUCUGACAAUCUGUCCUGUUUUGGUGAAACACAGAUGGAGUGUAAGUGGGUGAAAUUGAGCAGCAAGCUAGGAUUGUCUUGAUUAGCUGGAACCUCAUAGGAAAAAUUAGUUUAAAAAAAUAUGAUCUUAGAGUUUUAAAUUAAAGGGAAGGUGUACAUUACUUGAUUGCUUUUUAUUACAGUAAGCUGUUUGGUCAAGGCAGUUGUAAUGACUAAAUAUUUGCACAGCUAACUGACUGUGAGCUGGACUGUAGUUGUAUGCAUAUUGCUCCGAUCGUGCCCCCCUCACACACACACCACAAUGCCGCCUGUACUGUUUUUAUUAACGCUGCUUGGAGCAUUAUGCCACCUCGGACGGCCCAUGACAAGGGAGGAGAAGCACAGAUUGAGGAACCAAGUGGUCGAGAUGUUUGACCAUGCAUAUCAGAAUUAUAUGGACCAUGCAUAUCCAGCAGAUGAGCUGAUGCCGCUAACGUGCAGAGGACGAGUACGAGGACUUGAGCCCAGCCGAGGAGACAUAGAUGAUGCACUUGGCAAGUUUUCUCUCACCCUCAUAGACACCCUGGAUACUUUAGUGCUUUUAAACAAGACGACCGAGUUUGAGGCUGCGGUGAGGAGAGUCCUGUCCGACGUGAGGCUGGACAAUGACAUCGUUGUGUCGGUCUUCGAAACCAACAUUCGAGUCCUUGGUGGUCUGCUGGGAGGUCACUCCAUGGCCGUGAUGCUGAAGGAGGGAGGUCAACACAUGCAGUGGUACCAGGACGAGCUCCUGCACAUGGCCAAAGACCUGGGACUCCGACUGCUGCCCGCCUUCAACACCAGCAGCGGCCUGCCUUAUCCCAGGGUGAACUUGAAAUAUGGCGUCAGGGGUCCCGAGACGAGGACGGGCACAGAAACGGACACCUGCACGGCCUGCGCGGGAACCAUCAUCCUGGAGUUUGCCGCCUUAAGUCGCUUCACCGGGGACCCUGUGUUUGAGGCCCAUGCCCGGAGAGCUCUGGAUUUUCUGUGGGAGAAGAGGCAGAGGAACAGCAAUCUGGUGGGAACCACUAUCAACAUCCACUCUGGGGAGUGGGUCCGAAGAGACAGUGGAGUAGGAGCAGGAAUUGACUCGUACUAUGAAUACCUGCUAAAGGCCUACAUCCUCUUGGGAGACGACCUCUUUCUGCAGCGAUUCAAUAUUCACUAUGCAUCCAUAAUGAAGUACAUUAGCCAGCCCCCUCUGUUGCUCGACGUCCACAUCCACAAACCUCUGCUCCCCGCUCGCACCUGGAUGGACUCUCUGCUGGCCUUUUUCCCCGGACUGCAGGUGUUGAAGGGAGACAUCCGUCCUGCCAUCGAGACUCAUGAGAUGUUGUACCAAGUGACCAAAAAACACAACUUCCUCCCAGAGGCCUUCACUACUGAUUUCAGGGUACACUGGGCCCAACAUCCCCUGAGGCCUGAGUUUGCAGAGAGCACCUAUUUCCUUUACAAGGCCACAGGGGACCCUUACUACCUGGAGGCAGGUCGCACCAUCCUGGACAACCUCAAUCGCUUUGCUCGUGUUCCCUGUGGCUUCGCUGCGAUGAAGGACGUACGCACAGGAAGCCAUGAAGACCGAAUGGACUCUUUCUUCCUGGCUGAGAUGUUUAAAUACCUGUUCCUGCUGUUUGCUGAGGCGGACGACCUACCGUUCGACGUGGAGGACUACGUCUUCACAACUGAGGCUCACCUGCUGCCCCUGUCCCUCUCCACAGCCCCUCACUCCUCAUCCAUUCCCUCAAACAGAACGUCGGAGGAGGAGCUGGACGACUCUAACUUCGAUUGGACGUGUCCCAACACUCGCCUGCUGUUUCCUGACCCCGCCUUCCCUCGGAACUUGAGAGAACCGAUCCGAAGUGCCGUAGACAAGAGCUGCCCACGUCCUGCCCCUUACAGGGAACCUGGUAUGGGCCGUCCUCCCCUGAGGGCUCAGGACUUCAUGGCAAACAACCCUGAACAUCUGGAGCUGCUGAGGAGGAUGGGAGUCAGUCUCAUCCACCUGAAAGACGGCAGGGUGCAGCUGGUCCAGCAUGCUACUCAGGCGGUGAGUGCAGUAGCAGCAGAGGAUGGCGUUCGUUUCAUGCAGGAGAUGAUGGAGCUGUCGAGCCAGCAGCAGAAAGAGCAGCUGCCUCCCAGAGCCAUUCAGAUCGUCUCGCAUCCAUUCUUUGGCAGGGUGGUGCUGACCGCCGGCCCAGCACAGUUUGGCACAGACCUGUCCAAAAGUUCCACAGGGGUACGAGGCUUUGUCACCGUGGCCGAACCCUACAGCGGCUGUACCGAAAUCACCAAUGCGGAAUACAUCCAGGGUCACAUUGCUCUGCUCCAAAGGGGUCAGUGUAUGUUUGCAGAAAAAGCCCGACACAUCCAGAAAGCUGGCGCCAUUGGAGGCAUAGUUAUCGAUGAUAACGAGGGCAGCAGCAGCGACACGGCUCCCCUGUUUCAGAUGGCCGGCGACGGACGCAGCACGGAUGACAUCACCUUGCCGCUCCUCUUUUUGUUCCACAAGGAGGGCAACAUCCUACUGGAGGCGCUGAAGGAGUACAGAGAGGUGGAGGUGCUGCUGAGCGACAAAGCCAGAGACAGAGGUGUGGAUGUGCAAGAAGCAGAGGAGGACUGCUUGACCGAGGCAACAACGCCGACCUCAUUCGAACCAGUCACCCAAUCACAAAUGAGCACGGUGGAGCUAGAUGAAUCUGCCGCUGAGGAAGUCACUCCUGCAGAGGAAGAAGUCAGUCCUGUGGAUGAAGACACUAGUCCUGCAGAGGACGUUAGCCCACUAAAAGAAGAAGUUAGUCCCACAGAGGCUGAGGCUGAUUCAGCUCAGCUUAAAGAGGACAGAGACUCAGAGAAGAGAGAGGAGCCCGAGGCCGACACAGACUCAGGCAGCCAGUCGGUGGAUGAGCUGCUGGCUGAUUGGCGGGAAGACUUGGAGGCGUUCCAGCAGAUGGAGAAGGAUGAGCUCUGACAGUAGUCAGGCACCUCGUGCCCUGUGACUGGUUUGAUCCCGCCGUGAGGAGAGACCUGGAGGGAGGGACUCUUCACGUCGCCAGCCUCAGUCUGAUGGACUCAAAGGAAGCUGGGAAGAUGUCUCUCGUAACAGUUUCUUCUCUUGCCCUCUGUGAAUGGUACCAUGUGCCAAGGCAGCCCGCAUACUGUAUCUCUGGACCACAAAGGAGUCCUGUUUAGGUAGAUGAUGGGUGAGAGACCAGGGUUCUUACCUCAUGUUCUCAUACAUUUUUCUGUUUAUGUGUCAUAACAAACUCUAAUGAAUGACAUGGACCAGACUGUCUGUAACUGCAUCUCACUUUUCUGUCCAAAUUACUUCUCAAACUGUUCUCUCUAUGCAUUUCUGACUACUUUUACUCAAUCGAAUGCUGGUUCAACAGCUACUUUCUCACCAGUUAAUCCAUCGACCAAUUCACUUUGUUUAAAUGUGAUGAUUGUUUGUGAUGAUACUGUUUUGCUGGUCUUGGGCCUAAUCACAUGUACACAUUGAUGAGAAUUAAGGACUUCAUUACAGGAGGCGAUUGGUGAUGAAUAAUGCUGCAGGAUCUUUUUAUGGCUUUAUGGCAGACAAACCCAACACCAAACGGAAUCUCUCUGGAGGAUAUAUGAAGUCGUGUGUCGAUGUAAAUAUGUAUUUGUCAAGAUAUAUUGACUCAAAUAAUAUAGCGCUGUUCGCUCAGGUUCUGGUUCUCCCCCCCACAAAAAAAAAAAAAAAAAAACAGCCUCUGGACCACAGAGGGUGGAGCAGACACACCCUCAGCAGUGAUGGGGUGGAUCACACACCCACGGGCCGCCACAGGAGGGCGCUGUGUAUGACCUGUCUGCUGGAGCUGCUGACUGGCUGAAAGAAGCAGAAAUAAGCCAAUAAAUUGAAA